UAUUUUUUAAGUCGAAGUAAUCGAAGACUGUAUCGAACUCUCUUGUAGAUGUCUCGUUAGGUACUCGUGAACGUGGGUAAUUCUUACUACGUAUUAAAUAUGUUUCUUCUCCUAAAAACUAACUGUCUAAUUCCGACUAUUUUGUUUGUACAAAAAUAAAAAUGUUUUCUUCGGUUUAGAAUAAUCUACUCAACUUAAAAAAAAUCGCCCCGUUCACGUGUAUUAAAGACGAGAACAAAAAAUAUAAGAGUAUAUAUCAUUUAAAGUUCUCUAACAAAUAUUUAAAAUAGUUUCAAUUUCUUCACUUCUUUUAGUUCUCAUCAAAAAAAAAAAAAAAAUUGAAAUGGCUGCCGAUACUCUGCGUGUUAUAAGGAAAAGACCAUUAGAAGAAUAUGAUGACGAAUACAAACCUUUGUCCAAACGAAUGCACAGUAUGUACUUGAAAGAUGGUCCACUUGCCACUGAAAACCAUUUGGCAAUCACAAACGCCUACGGUAAUGCAUCUACAUCAACACAAUAUAGCCAGCAAACGGCCACUGAUUAUAGUCAUCCUGAUGUAAAUCAUCAACAAAACAGUGUUGACGACCCACAAGAUUUACAAUAUGAUCCAGAUCUGACUUCUGAUCAAAAUCCUUAUUAUUAUGAAAGCAACAGAUUAUUAUUUGACCUUCAUGUUGAAAGGGUUCAUCGUCACGGUCAAUAAUAAUUUAAAUUUAAAUAAUACGUAAUAAAUAUUUGUUAUUCCCUAAAAUUAAAAUAUUUACCAACUAUAGUCCCUCAUGGUAUAACAUCAUAUUAUAAUAAUAUGUCAACUUAGUUUGACUAUAUUAUAACUUUAACUUAGUGUUCAUCUAUUUAUGUUAAUUUUUUUAACUAGUAAUGAACAUAUUAUAUUUAUAAGAAUUUGUUGACAUCAUGUUUCCUAUUUUAGCCAUUUGUAGGCAUAAAAAUAAACAUUUUAGCUUUAAGUAACCAGAUGGAUUAUUUUGUUAAGAAUACAUUUUAAAUUUCUAAUAAUGAAAUAAUUCUUUAGAUAUUUAAUUAAAUCUAAUUACAGUAAUUUCCUUAGUAAACUAAGUUAACUACGUUUUAUUUGUUUAUUUUAAAUUUUAAUUUAUUCCCAGGGGCCAAUUCAAAAUAUACGUCAUUGUUGUGUGAUUCAUUAAUAUUAAGUUAGUAUUUGCUUAUUUUUGUUGCUCAUUUUUACUUGUAUUUAGCUAUUAAAAUAUGUAUAUUUUUUUUUUCUUGAGUGUGUUUCUUGUACCCAUUAAUUAUUUUAAAAGGUAUAUAAAAUAUAAAUUCAUAAAAUUCUAUCAUAUUUAACAAAUACCAGUUUAUUAAUGUAUUAUUGUGUAUUAUUUAUUUGUAAUUUGUUCCUUAAAACUAUUUGGAUAAUGUAAAAUUCUUAGUACAUUAAUUUCCAAGUAUGUAAUAUAAAUAACAUUAAUAAGAACUUAGUAUUAUAAAUGUACACAUUUUUUAUUAUUACUAUUAUUAAUAUUUAUAAAACAACUACACAAGCAAUCGAUUAUUUAAAUAAAAUAUUAUUACAAACAUUAUUAAAUACACAUUUUUUAAGUUAUAUACCUUUAAUAAAAUAUUAUACUAAUUCAAAAACUGAUAAUAAACAUCAAUUUCAAUAUUGUAAUAAUUGCUGGAUGAAAAUGUAUUAUAGUGCUUAAUUUUUAUUUUGUAUGUAGCUAUUUAAACAAAAUAUAAAAUUAAAAUUAAAAACUCUUUAAAGCCUUUUAAAUGGCCUAAAUUAUUUAUAUUGAAACUGUUAUUUAUUAAUAUUAUUGAACAAAUACAAAUCAAUAUUAGAAUCUAGUACUGCAAAUCAAAGAAAUAAACUGUACAAUUGUAUUUUAUUUUUAGAGAUUUAGUUGUAAAAAAUUUAUAAACAAAAUAAAUAACAUAUAUCAUUAUUAGA